AUGGCGCGUGGGUGUGCUGCAGCCCUGCGUGGGGUCGAGCGAUCUGCAGCGCUCUGCGCACUGUGGCGUGCCAUGGAGUCCGCGACCGCCUCGCCUCUCAUUCGGGAUCCACUGGCAGAGGCUUUGGCCGAGGCGGCACUGGGCGACGAGGCGGCCAAGCUCCGUGGAGCGACCUUUGCUCCGAGCCUUCAGUACCUCGUGUCGCUCCGAGGGCGGAUCAUUGACGAGGCACUGGAUGCAUGGCUGCGCAGACACUCUGCUUCUCAGGCUCAGGUGGUCCAGCUUGCGGUUGGCUGCGACACACGGGCCUCGCGCCUGGGACAUCAUGAGGCCACGUGGUUCGAGGUAGACACUCCUCGCGUGGCCGCAUUCCGUCAGAGGUAUUUUUCCGCGAACUCGUACCGAGCUGUGCAGUUGGGCGUGGACCUGACGGGCCCGAUCAGCUUGCACGAUGCGCUGGUUGAGGGUGGAUUUCGGCGAGACCUGCCCGCAGCCUGGAUUUGCGAGGGCCUCUUGGAGUACCACGACGAUGCCUUCGCCGAUCGGCUGCUGACCGAGAUUGGCCACCUUUUGGGCAUGGGGAACCAGAUGCUGCUGCUUGCUGUAUUGGACCUGUAUUGGUUGCAAUACCUCAAGGAGCAGCAUGCACAGAAGCCCGUGAGACUUGCCUGGAAGCCGAGCCGCCUUCCCGGCCUCCAGAAAAUCUCGGCCCGCAUCUCUGCACAUGGCUGGAAGCUUCAGGAAGUCACGAGCGAGAUGAGGUUGGCGCAGCAGAUGCCCCGUGCUGGCGCCCAGGUGCAGAGCCUCUUCCACAUCUUGCGUGCCUCCGAUUCCAAGAUCAGCGGCGCUUGUUGA